GAUUUAAUACUUAUUCCUCUGGAUAAAGAUGUGCUAAGCGUUUAAAAUAACAGAGUCAAGUAUUUGUUAAUAAAUUGUUAUUAUCUUAAUGUAAUACAAUUCUAUUAAGACAUUAUUAAAUAUCAUUGCAACAUUUCUGUUGUGCUAUAUUUAUGGCGCCUGAUAAGUCACCAUAAAUAAGAAUGUACAAUUUUACAUUAAUAAAAGUUCUUAUUAAAUAAAUACUCCUUGACUUUUUUGACAAAUGAAUUGAUUAAUGCAACUUUGUAAUCCAUUUCAUAAUUAAAAUUGUAAAACGAGACAUUUCUAUCAAUUAAGUAAGUAUGCAAUCUGUGGACGUCAAAGGCAGAGCAAACGUGUUUGGUCACUUUAAUAUAAUUUAGCUAAUACAAGAUGCAUUUUCGAGAGCAACGCAAGCCACUCUAUAUUAAUUAAUAAGAGUAUCCUGGCAACUUUCAACGGGCUUUUUCAUUACGCUUUUCAUGUCCUGGCGAACAGUUUUCCACUUUUUCCUGGCAACUUCAAUUCAUUACACUGUUACUCCAGGAAGUUCCUGUUUUAAUUAAAGAUAUUCACUGAAAACCCGCCCAUGGAGCCUUAACUCACUGAGACGUGGUUGGCUUAUUUUUUUUUCAACACACUCAUUCCCGCCUCUGCGACCCUCCCAAACAAAUAGCGGAAUACUUUAAAAACAAAUUUUUGGUAGGUCGAUUUUGAGUUCUGUAGGGACGCAAUAAGGUUGGAAGAGGUUUGAGCGCUGUGUGUGAUAUACGUCAUUAUAUUUGUGUGACAAAGCUUUCAGUUCAUUCCAUGAAAGCGGAGACAAGCUGAGGAAUAGGUUCAGUUGACCGCGAUCAUUCGCGAGAGCGGAUGUGCCUAGGGUUGCCGGCGAAUUUUCUUUCGAGUCACUGAAAACUUUUCGUUGACGUAAUUCCGCAAUACUCUUUUAUGUGUGAAGCAUUGUGUUUUGUUGUAUAAAUUGCUGAAUUAGUUCGUUAUUCUUGAUAUACCCAAUGCUUGAGGUGGAAGCGUGACCAUCAGAUCCACUAUGAGCCAAUGGUUGCUCAUUUUAACCAUCAUAUUAGCCAAUGUCAGAGAUAUAUCAGGCAGUUGGGAAGAAUGGUGGACUUAUGAUGGAAUUUCAGGACCCGGUUUCUGGGGUCUAAUCAACCCGCAAUGGAACAUGUGCAACAAGGGCAGGCGACAGAGCCCCAUCAAUAUAGAACCUGAUAAACUACUCUUUGACCCGUGGUUACGUGAUGUGCAGUUUGAUAAACAUAAAGUUAGCGGGGUACUCCAAAACACAGGACAGUCAUUGGUUUUCCGGGUGGAAAAAGAUUCCAAACACCAAGUGAACAUCAGUGGUGGUCCCCUAUCCUACAGGUACCAGUUCGAAGAGAUCUACUUCCACUAUGGGCUGGAAGAUAACAGAGGGUCUGAGCAUCAAAUCGAUCACCACACGUUUCCUGGAGAGAUCCAAUUAUAUGGCUUUAACAAAGAGCUGUAUCACAAUAUGUCGGAAGCUCAGCAUAAAUCGCAGGGGGUCGUGGGAAUUUCUUUAAUGGUUCAGAUCGGAGAACCGACUAACAAGGAGCUGAGGCUUAUAACAAGUGCUUUCAACAAAGUUAUGUUUAGAGGCAGUUCUUACCCAAUCAAGCACCUUCCCCUAAGCUCUUUGCUGCCCAACACGCAACAGUACCUGACUUACGAAGGCUCCACCACGCACCCCGGCUGUUGGGAGACGGCUGUGUGGAUUAUAUUCAAUAAACCAAUUUAUAUAUCUAAACAGGAGAUGUACGCAAUCCGGCGUCUCAUGCAAGGAUCGCAGCUGACUCCGAAAGCGCCUCUCGGGAACAACGCUAGGCCGGUGCAACCACUGCACCAUCGGACAGUUAGAACCAAUAUCAACUUCAAUAAACAGGGUCUGCCGGCAUCAAGCAACUGUCCAGAUAUGUACCGCAACAUGCAUUAUACAGCUACCCAAUGGCCUCGUGAACACAGCGUGCGGUACAGAAGCACAGAAGAUUUAGCAAUGUUAUCGCCUAACUGAAAUCCAUUAUAACUACUCUUUUAAUCAUUUAAUCAACCUGUAAAAUCCAUAGUGACUCAAACAAUAAAUUCCUUUUACUUUGCCUUUUUUUCAACUAACAAUGUUCGUAGAAUGACAGUUAUGUAGGGAUCAUUCUAGAAGUAUAAUUUUAUUUCAUGAAGUCAAUUGAGUAGACAAUAUAUAAAGCAGUACAUGAAAUGUAUAGCUGGCUUGGUUUGGAACUUUCUAGAUUUUAGUCAUGUGUUAUCUAGAUGUAAAUAGUUACUGUACAUAAUAUACAUACGUAAUUAUCUUAAUUCGUCCACAAAUAAAAUGGAGAAGCUUUAAUAAGCAUUAUUCGUUUCAUUUCCAGUGCAAUUAUUAUAUAAUUUUAAACGCAUGUUUUUCGUGUUACACACUAAAUUAUGUAAAAUAAAAAUGUAUACAAAGGCUUAUGAAUAGAUUACUUAUAAAUACAAAUAGAAUAAGUUAUUUAUAAUGCAAGUUUAAUAAUUCUUGUAUAAACAUCGUUAUAUUUAUGCAGAAAUCGGUUUAUAACUGAACAAGUGACGUACAGUCAGCAUCGAAAUAUAAAAAUUCAUGUUGCCGCUUUUUUCUUGUAAUUGUAUUUUGUUGCUGACUGUACUAUUAGAAUUGUGGUAGACUAUAGAUGCUGUGUUGUCUUUAUGUAAAAUAAAUAUUUACGACAAA